AUGGCUUCCAGCAAAUCACCAGACCAGGAUUUUGAGGAUAAGAUCCGAAAAGUUAGCGACGGGUUCCUUGAGAUAUGCCGCACUUUAUACGCAGAAAACAAAGCACUGGCUGCCGAAGUCCGGCACUUGACUCGGAAGAAUUCCGAGCUGCAGGCUCAGGUAUCACAAAAACAUACUGCAGAAGGCCAUUUUGUCAAGAGAGAGAUAGAAGUGGCCACUUCCCAAUCACCCAACAAAUCGGCAACAAGUACUGUUCUCAGCACGGAACAGCCCCAGUCUUUGAGCAUAGCAGAGUCCAUGUUUCCACCUUCAAAGAUGCGAAAAAUUGAGUAUGAGCUAGAAAGCUGUGCGAUGGGUGCAUCAAUUGGGGCAUCUAUACCAGACAACGGUGACGUGAUAUGGAUCCCUCAAACGCAGAUUUCUUCGCCCAUAAUAGGAGGCGAUGAAGAAGAUUACGACCAUGAUGAUUAUAACGAUAACGACGAAAACCAGAACGAAAAUGAGAGCGCCAGCCAUCCAUUCACAAGUGCAACGUAUCUAUCAGCUGAAGACAUGAGCAUGCGUGAAAAAUCGCCUGAACUGGUGACUAAGGCGUUGACACAGCCAAAAAAGGUCCUUGACGAUUUAGAAAUAUCAGAUAGCGAAUUGGAAGACGUUGAUUUGGUAUACGGUGAGGAUUCUCCUAAGCCAAAAGAGUCACGUCCCACGCAACAAACACCGUCCAAAGAGGCCAGCCAAGGUCAAUUGUGGACUCCCAAAACUGCCACAAAGCCCAAAGUGGAACACGAUGAAAACACAAUUGACCUCUCAAUCAACCCUGCGGCCAACAGAUUUUGGGUUCUGGAGGACUUCAAGCCGAACCCCAAGACAAACUAUAAUCUGCCGUAUGCCUUCAAGGCCAGUCGAAUGGGCAAAGACAUUCAGGCUCCCAAGUGCAGAUGUAGUAAGUGUCUUGCAAUUGCAGAGAUCGUUGGAAAGACUGAGACCCACCACCGGAUCAAGGCCGUUUGGAAAAGUAAUGAUACUAACGUCCUGGCACCUCAAAUCCAGGACCAGUUCGAUAACGUCAUCCAUCGUGACAACACUGAGAUCUGGGGAAGGCCUGACUCUCCUCCGGGCUUCAGCAGGUCUGAUUUCCCGACCACUCAAGAGAGGCUCCAAGACAGAGAGAAAAGCGAGGUGCUCAACAGAGCAAAAACUCUGGAAAGACUAUUGCAGGCCGUGCAAGUGGACGGGCAAUUCAAAGGGCCAAUGCCUCCCCAAGUUGGAAAGUAUAUAUUCAGGAGUGAUACUUUCAACGGUGCAGUAAGAAGUGGAAAUUAUGUCAUGGAUCACAGUUUGUUUGUGAGAGAUGAAUGA